CAUGGCUGACGACUUCGGAUUUUUUUCCUCGUCCGAGGGGGCCGGCGCCGAGGAGGACCCGGCUGCCGCUUUCCUGGCCCAGCAGGAGAGCGAAAUCGCGGGCAUCGAGAACGAUGAGGGCUUCGGGCCGACCGAUGGCGAAUCGGCCUCCGCCCCUGCCGGUCAGGCUGCCCCGCCGGAAUCGGCUGGUUUCCAGAAUGGAGGAGCCACUGUCAAUGGAGAUGUCUUUCAGGAGUCCAAUGGUCCCACAGAUGCCUAUGCAGCCAUAGCCAAGGCUGACCGUCUGACCCAGGAACCUGAGAGCAUCCGAAAGUGGAGAGAGGAGCAGAAGAAGCGCCUGGAGGAGUUGGAUGCAGCCUCAAAGGUGACUGAGCAGGAAUGGCGUGAGAAGGCCAAAAAGGACCUGGAGGAGUGGAACCUGCGUCAGAAUGAGCAGGUGGAGAAGAACCGGGCAAACAACAGGAUCGCUGACAAAGCCUUUUACCAGCAGCCGGACGCCGAUGUGAUUGGCUAUGUGGCCUCGGAGGAAGCAUUUCUUAAGGAGUCCAAGGAGGAGACCCCAGGCUCUGAGUGGGAGAAGGUGGCCCAGCUCUGUGAUUUCAACCCCAAGAGCAGCAAGCAGAGCAAGGAUGUCUCACGGAUGCGCUCGGUGCUCAUCUCCCUCAAACAGAUGCCCCUGUCCCGCUAGCUGCCGCCCGGCACAGCCGGGAGCACAGCAGGGCAUAGCCGGGCUCACCGAGCCAGGUGGCUUCGUGGGGCCAGCCCAGGAGGGGCCUCAUCCUGCCUGCCCCUGCUACCUGGUGCACGCCUCGGCUGUGAGUCACCAGUUGUAACUCUCCCCAUGGUUUUCCUUUGCUUAAAAGGUGCAUUGGUCUCUUUUUACACUUAUUUAUUACUGUGGCAUUUCCCUAGGAAGCAACACUGGGUGGCAGAGCUGAAUUAGCCAGGGAACCCCAGCAGGAGGUUGUGCCCAAGGGCCUGACUGAAUGGGAAGGGGAACUCCCCCCACCUAGUGUUCUGCACCUCACCCCUAUGCUGGGAAUAAAUCUGCCUGUGGUUGCAGCAUGGCAGUCCUGUAUCUGGGCCUGGAUCCUAGCCCUGAAAAACAAUCCUAGGUGGGACGCUGGGCUGCUGCCUGCCUUUCCCAUGGGGUUUAGAGCAGAGAUGGUGCAGGGCAGUGAGGGUGGAGAAACAGCGCUGACUCAGCUCCACACUGUAAGGUCCUGCAGGAAGCACAGCUGCAGCGUGAUGCUGCCAGGCCAGCAAGGACUGAUGAAUGUGAGUGUGGACACCCAGGCUGGGCCAGGACUGCCUGCAGUUGCCCCAAGCUCAGCAGAACUCUUUGCAGCCUGGCUUUGCACCCCAAAAAGCUGGCUCCCAGCAGCAGUUGCAGUAUCCAUGUCCCAUCCAUCCUGUGUGCCAGGCAGUGGGGUGGUGCAGGGCAGUGAGUGUGCAGGAUGUUUUCUGUCCCUUCUCCAAGACCACCAGCAGUGGAGAAUGUGGGGGGGCAGGUUUCAGGACCCUUGGCUCUGUUCUGCUCAUUCGGAUGGGAGAUGGAGGUUGUGUGGUUGCAGGGAAGGAGGUAGGAAGAUCUAGCUGCUAUGGGGGAGGUCAGGCUCCUAACUCCAAUCCAGAGCCCCAGGGCAGGACUGGGCAGAGCUCUGGUGCUGGGGCUUGUGCUGCCACUGGAAAACAACCUGCACAUUUGUCUGCAGUUGCCCUGUGGCUUCUCUCUGAACACUGCUGAAUUUGCAGACCUAUGGCAGCGUGGCAAGAUGCCUCAGUCCCGCUUGCUGCUCCACAAGGCACACACUUUCCACCCUAAACACCAGCUUUCUCUCUGUGUGGUGGGAUUGGCACCAGACCUUCCAACUCUGAGGCACAGCCUUGGAAACCUGCCAAAUUCAUGGCUAGUUGGAGAGGGUCAGGCCUGCAUUCACCCUGCUGUGGGGUAGCCUUGAGCUUGUGCCCCAGAUCUGGUUUACCUGGGGCUUGGGAAGAGCUUGCAGCAACAGGCUUGUGGGGACAUGGAGCAGAGCCCAAAAAACCAUUUGCUUGAGCCUCCCUGCAGAGCCUUCCUCAGCUAAAAAGUGAGUAUGCAGAACUCUCCUGCCCUUCAGUGAUGGCUCCACAAGUCAGAAAGAUCACCUGCUUUGCUGCUGCAGCCCUUGUUGGGUGAAUGAGCACCCCUGUCUCUGGGCAUGGGUGCAGCAGUGGGCCAGGAAGGGAAAUGGAUGUGUAGGGACUCACUGGGUGUUGGGUGCUGGAAUUGUACCUCCUUGUCCACAGGGCUGAUCACUCCCACUGUCCCCUGCGCUCCAGCACGCUAGGUGGCUGUGCUGUGGUGUGGGAUGGAUGCUGAUGCAGGAUAGGUUGGGACUCGGCUACCUACCUUUCAUGCAGGACAGCAGGAAGCACCCUCUGGCUGCUUCCUGAGGGCAGGGAGCCCCAUUGUGCUCUGUCCCUCCAGCCUCCACAGGCAGCAGGGCCCUUGAGUGCCCCAGCUGCCAUGUCCCCGUGUCAGGCAGGAACAGCCAGCUCCUGGGGAGCCAUGCCCACAGCUGUUCUACAUCCCUUGGCUUUGGUA